AUGAAGGAAUUUGAAAGAAGGAUGAAAAAAUCAACUAGAAAAAACGCGAUAAGUGUUGAUUUUCCUACACUCCCUGAACGCGAUCCAGGUCAUAUUGUUCCAACACUUAAUCCAAUUUUUGAUGAUAAAAAAAUAACUAAAAUAAGUAGUGGAAAUUUACAUUGUGCGGCUCUUACACGUGAUGGUAAAGUUUAUACUUGGGGUUGUAAUGAUCAUGGAUCACUUGGUCGAGAAACUACUGAUAAUGAAGCAAUUCCAUUAAUUGCACAAGGUCUUGAUGGAGAAAAAAUUGUUAAAUUAUUUUGUGGUGGAAAUAUUACAUUAGCUAUUUCUACUAAAGGUUAUCUAUAUAUGGCAGGAACAUUUAAAGGUCAAUCAGGAGUUUUAGGAUUUGAAGCUAAAGAAAAAUCUCCUACUCAACAAACAACUUUUGUUCGAUAUAAACCUGCUGAUGAAUUUGUAGUUGUAGAUGUUUGUGCUGGUACAGAUCACGCUGUUUUACUUACAAUUGAAGGUUAUGUUUAUUGUUGGGGAAGUGGUGAAGCUUUUCAACUUGGAAGAAAAGUCUCUGAACGUCACGCUACUUCAGGACUUUAUCUUAAUAGACUUAACUUAUUUGGAAUUGAAAAAAUAUUUGCAGGAUCUUUUCAUAGUUUUGCGAUUCGAAAAGAUGGUACAAUAUUUUCUUGGGGAUUAAAUAAUUUUGGUCAAUGUGGAUUUAAUCCCAAAGAUAAUUUUAUUGUUCAACCCAAAGCUAUAGAGUUCUUUAAUGAUAAAAAAGUUAAAUCAAUUGCAGCUGGAUUUCAUCACACUUUUGUAUUAUUAGAAGAUGGUCGAAUUUAUAGUUUUGGUAGAGCUGAUUAUGGUCAAUUAGGUUUAGGAAAAUUAAAAGAUUCACAUAUAACAGAACCUACUUUAGUACAAAUCCCAUUUAAAAAUGAUCAUCAUACUAUCCUUCUUGGAAAAGAUGGAUCUUUAUAUACUUGUGGUUUUGGGGAUAGUGGUGCAUUGGGAAAUAAAAAACCGGGAGAUGAUGACGAAGAUGAUUGGGAUGAAUUUAUUCCAUAUAAAGUUACCGGUAAAGAAUUAGAAAAUCGUCAAAUAUUAGAGAUUGCAGGUGAUGAAGGUUUUACAGUUACCAACUCUGAUGCGGAUUCGUCAAUGUGGCCAGAUACUACACCAAAUAUUAAUCCUGAAGGCGUACGAGUUUAUUAUCGGCCAGUUGAUUCUAAUGAACCUAAGGGACGACAUUAUUUAGCAAAAUUAGGUGAAACUUUAGCCUAUGCAUUGCAACAUCUUUUAUGGCUCGCCUCAGAUAAAGAAUCCUCUUGUAAUUGUAAAUAUUGUAUCAAGAAUCGACAAAGAAAAGGGAUUGAGACUAGUGCAAUUACUAUAAAGAAAGUUCCAUCCAAAAAAAGAUUUAUUGAUUCAAGUCAAGAAUCGUCUUCAACAGAAUUUAGAUCUACCAAAAGACUUAGAGAGAGCGUUGGAAAUGAUUAUCAUCAAAAAACUCGAAAUUUCAAGAAAAAAUAUAAUACAUUUCGAAUUGGAGAGAUCGUCUGGGUAGAAAUUCAAUAUAUAUUGAAUUCAAAAAAUGAAAUGAUUCAAAAUGAGAUGAUAUUGGAACAAAUUACUCAUUGGCCAGCAUUUGUACGCGACCAUAAUCAAUUAACCAAUUUAACUGAUGAUGAUGAGGAGGAGGAGGAAGAAAUUCCAUCACUAGAUUCUAUUAUUCAAUAUGAUUUACAAAUCUUAUUUUAUAAAGAUAAUAUGAGAUUAAAGCAAAAAGCCAUUUUACCGUGGUUAGCUCUUGAUUCGGUAAAUUUUGUAACCGAAAUUAAUAAAAUCGACAAAAAUGAUCGUACCGAGUUUAUGUCCAAUUUUUUAAAAGCCAUUGAUUACGCGAAUGAUGCAACUUCCAAAACUCUCGAACCAUUUUAUUCAGAGGAAUUGAUUUCUUCUCACCAUCGUAUUAUCAAAGGGAUUUUGAUUGGAUCGGAAUUAUUGAAAGAGAAUGAUUAUAUUCGAGUUAAACACAAUAAACAACAACAAAACAUUAUAGACGUAAAUAAGAGUCCAAUUUUUAAAAUUAAUUACAUUCUUCAUAAUGAAGAAAUACAACGAAUUGAAUUGACAGGUGAUAUAUUUGUCCGAGUGCAUCAAGAUCAAAAAGAUCAAAAUGUUUUAGUAAAGAUUAAUUUGAGCGGUCAAGAACAUAAAAUUGGUUUGGGUGAUAUAGCAGGACGAUUUUAUGAAAAAUAUUUAGAUAUCUCAAGAUGUUUUCGAAUAGAUGAAUACUCUAAUAAUCGAUUCCAAUCAGAAUUUUUUAAAGAAUUUUGA